AUGGGCAGCUCUCUUAUCAAGAGAGCGGGCAUCACCAUUCAAACACUAUCACCAGUUUCAACGAUCUACCAUGACAACGAUGCGCUUAAACAGUUUGAAACUUGCAGACAGUCCGCAAAUGGCCACUUGAACAGAUAUUUUAAGUAUAUCGGACAUGAAAAGAUUCAAUAUGAUCUUGCUGGGCUGUAUGCCAGGCCUCUUCAGCCCCGAGGCUCAGAAGCAGAUCAGAAUGCCCGACUCUCACAAACCAACGCUAUACAAGAUCUCGUCAAGCUCGACGCCAUUCUUGGACAGAUCAAACAACAGGAGCGGUCUUAUAUCACGGCAAUAUCUCCACUCAUCGUUCCAUGGAUGGCAAUUUGCUUCACCUUGCCACAUGUCACCUUGCAAGGUGAUCCAUCUGUCUUUUUCAAGAUUGGUGCUGUUUCGGGAGCUUUCGCUAUCGCUGCUCAGCUGGUUCGCAAGUUUCUGCAGUUGAGAAAGAUUACUCCUCUACAGCACAAGGUGCGAGGACUAGUUCGAGCGUUCAAGAAUGGGACAAUACGGUAUAGGGAUAUGGAGGAGGUCAUGAUUUCGUCGUUGAAAUAG